AUGGAAACCCAAAUGGCGGAUAUAGAAGCAAACUCUUCAUCUGGCCAAUCUUCAUCAAUCUUUAAUAAAGUUGAUCGUUCAGUCAUCUUGAAGUUUCAAGAAGUUGUAUACACUGUUGAUAUUAAGCAACAAGGAUGGCUAAAGAAAAACAACAAAGAUUCAAUACAAAAGCAGAUACUAAAAGGGGUUACAGGCAUGGUGUUGCCAGGGGAAUUAUUGGCGAUGUUAGGUCCAUCUGGCAGCGGAAAAACGACCCUAUUGACAGCAUUAGGAGGCCGCCUAGGUGGCAAACUAGGCGGAACCAUUUCCUACAAUGGCAAGCCGUUCACGAGUAUAAUGAAACGAAACACUGGUUUCGUUACUCAGGAUGAUGUUCUGUAUCCACACUUAACAGUCACCGAAACACUAGUGUUCACCGCCUUACUUAGGUUGCCUAAUAGUCUUACUAGUCAAGAAAAAACUAGACAUGCUGAGGACGUGAUCCGUCAUCUUGGGUUGACAAGAUGUAAGAAUAGCAUUAUUGGUGGCCCAUUGUUAAGAGGGAUAUCGGGUGGGGAAAGAAAAAGGGUUAGUAUUGGGCAAGAAAUGCUUAUUAAUCCAAGUUUGUUGUUUUUGGAUGAGCCGACAUCUGGGCUUGAUUCAACUACUGCGCAAAGGAUUGUUUCGACGUUAUGGGAAUUAGCUAAAGGUGGAAGAACAAUUGUGAUGACCAUUCAUCAACCUUCAAGUAGGCUUUUUUACAUGUUUCAUAAGGUUUUGUUGCUAUCAGAAGGGAAUCCAUUGUUUUUCGGUAAAGGAUCAGAAGUUAUGGACUAUUUUCACGGUGUUGGAUAUUUGCCAUCUGUUGCAAUGAAUCCUUCAGAUUUCUUGCUUGACCUUGCAAAUGGGAUAUCGUCAGAUGAUUCUACUCAGGAGGAUCAAAAUGAAGUCAAACAGAAGUUGGUUUUGGCUUACAAAUCUAAUCUUGACGAGAAUCUGAUAGCCGAAUUACAAGAAGUUGAAGAACACCUUAAUGAUGUCCCGGACCAAAAGAAGGCUGAAAGAUGGAGCACAACUUGGGUGCAACAAUUUACAGUUUUGCUCAAAAGAGAUGUCAAAGAAAGGAGACACGAGUCUUUCGAUGUUCUCAAGAUUGCUCAGGUUUUAGUAAUUGCAUUUUUAUGUGGUCUGCUAUGGUGGCAAUCCGAUACGUCUCACAUUCAAGAUCAGUCAGGGUUGUUGUUUUUCUACACUGGAUUCUGGGGUUUUUUCCCUCUAUUUCAAGCGAUAUUCACAUUCCCUCAAGAACGUCAGAUGCUUGCAAAAGAAAGAUCUUCAGGAAUGUACAGGCUUUCAUCUUAUUUCAUGUCAAGAACAAUUGGUGAUCUGCCAAUGGAGCUAGUCCUUCCCACAAUGUUUUGCAUUAUAACUUACUGGAUGGCCGGGCUAAAAGCUGACAUAGGAAGUUUCAUAUGCGCGUGGUUAGUACUUCUCCUAAGUGUCUUGGUGGCACAAGGACUAGGACUCGCCUUAGGUGCAAUCGUUAUGGACUUGAAAUCAGCAACGGUUCUAGGAUCCGUGAUCAUGUUAUCUUUCACCUUAGCAGGCGGAUACUAUGUUCAACACGUGCCUGCUUUCAUAUCUUGGAUCAAAUAUAUAUCCAUCAGUCUAUACACUUACAAGCUUUUGAUAGGAUCACAAUACACCAAAGACCAGACCUAUCAAUGUGGUAACCAGACUUGUCUCGUUGCUGAUUAUCCGGCUAUCAAGAGUAUUGGGCUCAACGGGCAAGGGAUCUCCCUUGUUGCUCUGCUUUUAAUGCUGGUAUUUUAUCGGGUGGUUGCUUAUGUAGCUCUCAUGAGGGUCGGGGUGCCUAAGAAGUAA